ACUCUGACACGCCCGCCUCCGGCAGCCCCCAUCCCUGUACACAGACGGCUGUCACUGUGGGAGGACGGGGAUGGGGGCGGGGGGCCUCCGAGAGCUCCGGCCUGACGUGCAGCCGUCCAGGGCUUGGAGAGAGGCUGGGCCGGGGCCGGGUGCUGGUGAAUCAACUCCCGGAAUGAGGUGGCUCAUUAGAGUCCCCGGACGGACAGACAGACGGCGCCAGUGCCAGCAGAACGGGUUUGGGUGGCGGGCAGGAGCAGUCUUCCCCUGUCAGAACUUUGUUAUGUUUGAAGGGGGUGAGAUCGGGGACCUCUCCCGAAACUUGGGUGCCUUCAUAUUUGCCCUUCCUCCGUCGGUGUGUCCUCUGCUUCCAGCCUCGCCCGCUGCAUCCUGCUGGGGGCCGCCCCUCCAUGGGACCCUGUCCACUGUCUCACCAGCCAGGGGCUGCGGGCACAGGGGGCCUUCUUCAUGGUUCUGAGACCCUAAAGUGGUCUCAACCUGCUAAGUCCCUCUCCCUGGAGCCCACUCAUCCUUUCCUUCCUGUGCCCCUCUUGAUUUUUCCUUCUGAGGCUUGGAAAAUGUUCCUAGCUUAGCCUCUUUGGGAGAAAAAUACUGACCAAACUGUAACAUUAGCUUGUUUGCCUCAGCUCUGGGGGUUUGAGACUUGUCUCCUCUGUGUCACUCGGGAGAGCUCCCCUCCCGUCUAGUCAGGACGAGGGCCAAGCCUCUCCGGCCCUGUUGAGCGUGAGGUGUCUGCCGUGGGGAGCGGCGUGUCCAAGGGCUGCCGGUAUUGCUGGUAUCGCUGCAGCUGCCGUGCGAAGGGCGGGAGCCCAGCCCUCAAAGCGCCACAGCGACCAAGCAAGUGAGCGGUCCCUGCUCUAGGGGAGGCUUCCGUCCGUAACAGCCGGGCAGGCUGCCCAGGAGACUGUUAGGCCGCACCCACCUGCUGCUCCCUGACCUCCUCCCUGCCCUUGCCCCACCCGGCCUGCUCUCUUGCUAAGCUGGGCCAGCGGGAGUGGGGAGCCUGGAGCCCCAGUGAGCUGCAACGUCAGGGACAGACCACCCCGAGGGAGAGGGGGGUUAGGACCACCCCGUUCCCCACGGCCAGCAGCUAAAUCUGCCUGGAAGAGAGGCCCGGAGUGGCGCAGACCACCGGGACCCUUCUGGGGCAGGGUCAGCCUAGGCGUCUGCCCACCACAGCCCUACAGGGAGCCAGAGCCAUCAGUGGCCGAACCCCCUUCUUGCCCUCUGGCUUUGGACAUGAGCCUUCGGGACUCCAGCUAUAGUGUGACCCCAGGGCCCUGCGUGGUGGCCCAGCUGCCCUCCGAAGACACGAGCCGCCUGGCAGACCCACAGAGCAGAGACCAUGGCUUCCUGCGUGCCAAGAUGAAGGUGACCCUGGGGGACACUCCCAGUGGAGACCUCUUCACCUGCCACAUCUGCCAGAAGGCCUUCACGUACCAGCGCAUGCUGAAUCGCCACAUGAAGUGUCACAACGACGUCAAGAGGCACCUCUGCACCUACUGCGGGAAGGGCUUCAACGACACCUUCGACCUGAAGAGACACGUGCGCACCCACACUGGCGUGCGGCCCUACAAAUGCAGCCUGUGUGACAAGGCCUUCACGCAACGCUGCUCUCUGGAGUCUCAUCUCAAGAAGAUCCACGGUGUGCAGCAGAAGUACGCGUACAAGGAGCGGCGGGCCAAGCUGUACGUGUGCGAGGAGUGCGGCUGCACGUCCGAGAGCCAGGAGGGCCACGUCCUGCACCUGAAGGAGCGCCACCCUGACAGCCCGCUGCUGCGCAAGACCUCCAAGAAGGUGGCCGUGGCCCUGCAGGACACCGUCACCUCCCUGCUGCAGAGCAGUCACCACCUCUGAGCAGCGGCGCCCCGGCCUGGGCAGCCCUGAGAAGGCGAGGGCCACCUCCCUGCCGCCCGGCCAGCCCGCCCUCUGCGGCCUCCUGCCGGAACGCCGGUGGCCAGGCUUGGAGCCCGUGGGCACGCGUGCUCGCUGAGGCCGGCGCUGGCCUCUGCUCGCAUUUGCGUCGGUGUCUGGGGGGCAGAGGCCGCUCUGAGCCUGGGCAGACGUGUGUUAAGUGUGGGGCAGGGCGGGGCGGGCCAGGGCUGCCUUCGAUUUGAAGCAGCUCGGGCCCAGAGACAGGACUUCCUCCCCAGAGGAGGUACGUGAGGGCGAGCCUGUUGUCCUCUGCUUCUGGAGCAGCGGGGGGAUGGGGGGCUGCUGGUCCCCCGUGGACCGCAGAGUCAGGCGCCCCGGCAGAGGGCACCCCUGCAAACAACAGCCGUGCAGGAGCUGGCGGCGGCCCGCCCGGACAUGUUCCUCGCGCUCAGGGCUGCAGGGGCGCCGCGGGGCGCUGCUCUUCGACAGGGAGAUGCACGCGUGUGCACAGCCGUGGACGUGCACGCACGCGGGAGGCCUUGCCAUAUAUCACCUCAUAUUUAAGAAAUCAACUACAAGGUGCCAAGGAGGUUUUAUUUUCCUUUUUUAAAAGAUGACAAUGUGUACAGAUAGUAAUAUAUUUUUGGUGCCAAUGGCGACUGUUUUAAGAGGGGGUGGAGCUGGCUUUUCUCCUCCCCACGCGGUUCUAUUUAUCCUGGACGUUUCACGCCUCCUCUGCACCUUGGCUCUGGGGUGGCUGCCCUGACCCAGCCCCACCCCUCAUACCUCCUGAGAUAUUUAACCUAAGACUUUCCUCCAGCCCUGCCUGGAGGAGGCUGUACUGCUCUCUGUUCUCCCUCUUCUGCCGGGACAGCCGUCACAUCUUCUGCUUUUCCCUCCCCGUGUCUCUGCCUCCCUCCCACAUCCUUCCAAGGCAAGUCUCAGGGUGACCGAGAGCCUCCUGGUCUCCUGAUAACAGACCUUUUGCGGAACGGCUCACCAUUCCGGACAUCUGGGGUGGGGGGUGUCCAGCUGCGGCCGCAGGGGUAAGCCGGGUGGGGUGAUGAGUCUCUGAGGCGCCCAGAGUCCACUGCCUGAAGUAACAGCAAGAGUGCAGGGCCAGGCUGCGAGGCCUGCUCUUUUCCUGGGAGAGUCAAAAACCCUAGGGUGGGAGCAAAAAGAUUAGGACAAUAAUAACCAGACACUUCAGAAACUUCUAGAGGGAGGACAGUAUUAGAUGGUUAACAAGUUAUAUUUGUAGCCUUUUUUCUGAAUGUUUGGCAGAUGGUGAGGCUGGGUCUUGAGCACCUAAGGAGGGAGCCACCCCUGGGCUGCUUGGCUCCACCCGAGGGACCCGG